GUGCGAUGCUGGUCGACGUUGACGAAGAUGCUGAACAAAGAGGCCCUGCCGGUUGCGCUACCAGCGCCGCGGCUUCGCGCCCCGAUCUAGAAGACCAUAAGGCCACUGUCGUAGACGGGUCUUCGCAAAUAGAUAAAGCACUUCAGCAGCUGAAGGAAGCAACAGCUACAGCUGUAGUUGUGCAUCACCAAGAUGCAAGUGGUGGAAGACUACAGAUAGCACCCGACGAAGCUGCAAACCGAACUCGGGCUAGCUCUCCUCACCUUCACGUCAUUGUGCCAGCUGGUGCAGGAGCUGCAAGAGAGCACAAGAAGGAGCUCCAUUUUGCUCGUGGUGAGGAGCUGGAGAACUACAGCUACGAAGCGGCCUCGUCUUCGAAAGAUUGCCAGGCAGAGCACCUAUAUGUUGCGCUUUAUACUAGUGAUGACGGCAAAACGAAAAUUGAUUUCUUUAAUCCGAAUAUGGUUGGCAGCGAAUGCGAAAGCAGCACUUCUGCGGACUUCCAGGAGGGCGAUCCCUGUCCAUCCAACAGCGAGGGAACAGCCACUGCAGGAGACCCACUAGAGCAACCAGUUGCGGACGGCGUUGGCCGAUUGAUAGCGCGUAGAAUACGGCCCAGCCUCUACUUCCAGUGCUCCCGGGAUCUCAGAGUGAGUUCGACUGGGUCUCUCAUUUGGUAG